GUCUCAAAAAUGGCGGUGUGUAAUCAGAACGCCGCUGCUCGGGGCCGAGGGACGGCGGAGUGAAGCAGUGGGGAAACGGGAGCCGCAGCCCUAUUUACCCCUCGCCUUCUGCAAAGUGAUGCCGGUACCUGGAGCGGCGGCUGCAGCGGUUCGCGGCCUGUGACAAGCUCGCACCGCGGGGCGAGUGAGGGCAGGGGGGCAGCUCGUCAGUCCCAGCGGGAGGCUCGGGUCUGUACCCCGGGCCGGGGGGGGGAGGAGUGAAGUACAGUGAAGAUGACAAGCAAUGUGAAGGCGCGAGGCCGAGAGCACACACCUCCCUUCAGUCCCUGGGACUGAGGUAAACCCCGGCACCCGGAGGCCGCUGUGAGCCGCACGUUGACAAGAUGCCUUGGCCCUUCUCUGAGUCGAUAAAGAAGCGGGCGUGCAGGUACCUGCUGCACCGGUACCUCGACCACUUUUUGGAGGAGAAACUGAGUUUGGAACAGCUGAGUGUGGAUCUGUACCUGGGAACCGGAUCGCUCGCUCAGGUGCCCCUGGAUAAAUCGUCCCUGAAUGAAAUCCUGGAUUCACUUGAUGCUCCUCUGGAAAUAAUUGAAGGAUUUAUUCAAAACAUUUCCGUUUCUAUACCCUGGUCUUCACUCUUGCAAGAAAACUGCGCGGUGGAGGUACAGGGACUGGAGAUGGUGUUCCGACCCAGGCCUCGAAUAGUGUCCGGCUCUGAGCCCAUGUACUGGUCCAGCUUUAUGACGAACAGCAUGCAGCUGGCUAAAGAGUGUCUGAGCCAGAGACUGAUCGAUGAUCAGGCUGAGGGUCCCCAGCCGUUGGAGGGGCUGGAGAAGUUUGCAGAGACCAUUGAAACAGUUCUGAGAAGAGUUAAACUUACCUUUAUAGACACCGUUCUCCGCAUCGAGCACAUUCCGGAUAAUUCAGAGACUGGAGUUGCUCUGGAAAUCCGCAUCCAGAGGACUGAAUACCGCGACGAAUCUGCAAAUGAAAGCCCAGACGUGAAUGUCCACCAGCCCACAGCCUUUGCCCACAAGAACCUGCAGCUAAGUGGAGUGCUGCUUUUCUGGCACGAGUUUCCUGAGAGUGCAAAGACGUCGCCCAGGACCUCGCCAAUGCAGGAGAUGGAGGCCAAGCUGUCCCCGAGCUGGAACCCCAAGAUUGUCUCCGAGCCACACCCACAGUUCACCAGGAAAGCCUCCGGUGCCGUUCAUUUCCAGCCUGUGCAGAUCGGCAGCUGUGGUGGGAAAAUAGAGCUGGGUCUGACCCUGAAGCAGAAUGAAGCACUUCCCGUGCCAAAGCUGGAUGUGGAGGGACUGAUCGAGUGUAUCAACGUCUUCCUGUCCCCACGACAAAUCCACCUCCUAAUGGACAUGCUCAGUGCCAUUCUGCUGCCAGGAUGCUCGGAACAAACAGUUGUGGAAUCCAAAGGCAGGAAGAAUCGGCCAAUGCAGCAGGAGGACCAGUACCUGAUUCAGAUGGAACUGAACCGGUACCUACAGAAGGAGAAGCUGUCUCCUGGGGUCUCAGCAGAGCACAGCUACUAUGAGACUGAGACUGUCCGAACCACUUCAAGCCGAGCAGAAGAUGAAGUCUUUUUCUCAAUGGCAGACAUGGAGAUGUCAAACAGUGUGGCGUCACUUCCUCCCCUGGGAGAACCUGAACCCGACCUGGAAUUGUCACUCAGCAGCACUCACACCAACUCGAUGGCCAGCUCCCCACAAGCCGGCGCAGGGUGGGACGAUUACCUGGACCCCGCUGGACAGGGAGGCCGAGGCCCCAAGGAGCAGCUGUAUAACACCAGGGAACCACCGUUGCUUCAGAGACCUCUUCGACGAGGCAAUCUAGCCUGUAAACCUCACUGUGCUGCUGAGUGGCGUCCUGAGGCAGUGAUCAGGCUGACUGUGGGCGGCUUGUCUGUGUCAGUGCUGCACAUUGAUCCCCUGCCCCCCCCGGAGAGCACCCUGAGGCUGGACCCGCUGACCAGGAUGGCCACUCACUUCUUCAGCUGCCUGCAGGGACUCAGCCCCGCUCAGUUUGCAACAAAGGAUUUCCACAGACUGCGGCCCGCGUUUGCUGACGCUUGUCCCCACGAUCAUCUCAGGCUGUUUGCUGCUGGUAUAAAGCUGAGCUACGAGCAGCGUCGAGGUGCCAGCUCCCGCAGCCUCAACACUGACGUGUCUGUCAAUUGGAUGGAACUGCUGGAGUGUCUCUUCCCAAUUGAUUCUCGCACUGUCCUCCCACAGUACACUGAGCUACUGAGGUUCGAGUGUGAGAGCAGCCGAGAGCCCCCAGCACCUUGUGUGCACAUUCACUACAAGCACAGCCCCCGCAGUGGAGUCCAGGGCAGUCAGGGGCGGCUGACUGCGGCCCCCCAGAAGGCUGAGCUGCUGGUGGAGCUGGGCCUGGUGCACUCGGAGCUGGACAUCAGUAUUGUGGACAGACUGAAUUCCCUGCUGCAGCCUCAGAGGCUGGCCACUAGCGAGAUGAUGGCAUCCCACAUGUACACUUCCUUCAGCAAACACAUCAGCCUGCACAGGGCCUUCACCGAGGUUUUCCGCGAUGACGCUGCGUCCCCAGCAAACCGCCGGACAUCUGUCCAGGUCACCGCGCCCGUCUUCAAGAUUGCCAUCCGCUUCCCCAUCCCAGACCUCCGCUCCGACCAGGAGAGGGGGCCCUGGUUCAAGAAAUCUCUCCAGAAGGAGAUCCUGCACCUGGAAUUCAGCGAGGCUGGUGUGAAGACGGAGUUCUGUGGGAGUUUGUCCCACGAGCAGCUGAAGCUGGAGCUGACGUUUAAGGAGCUACUCGGGAAAUUCCAGGAAGACCAGGAGACGCCAGCAUUCAGGUUUCUUAAAGUAUCACACGCCGCAGACGGAGACAUGUCCUCGUCAGACAGCGAGAAGUUUGACUGGCCACGGGUUGUGUUGAAGGUGAAUCCCACCGCGGUGCACUCCAUCCUGGAGCGGAUCACCAGCGAGGAGGAGGAGCCCGGAGGCCACUCACUGGAGGAUGAGGAAGGUCGGGGUCACUCGCUGGAGGACGAGGAAGGUGGAGGUCACUCUCUGAAGGACGUGUGUGACUUGGGGAAACAGGAAGCCUCGCCUUUCUCCUCUCGCAGAGUCAUGUAUGAAAACGAGGAGAUGGUGAUGCCUGGAGACCAGUUUGAGAUGGGUCAGUUCCAGGACAGAACCAUGAGCACCUCUCACUAUGUGCUGGAGCUGAUGUUACCGACUGUGAGUCUUGUGCUGCCCAACAAAGUCUUCUACGAGAGGAUCUACAACAGGAUAAAUGAUUUGCUGCUCUGGGAGCCCGCUGCACCUUCUCCUGUGGAGACGGUCGAAAAUGUUUCCUAUGGAGUGGGUCUCUCUGUUGCCAGCCAGCUGAUCAGUGCGUUCAGCAAAGACAGUCUGACUCAGCCCAAGCCCACUGUCCAGGAUGAUGACGAGAGUGGUUCCGAGGAGGAGACACUGCAGUUUUACUCGACUCUCGAUCUCGCCCACCGCUCCCGCCGCAAAAAGAAAAUUGAACAACAGAAUAAGAGCUGCCAAAGUCUGCUGUCGAUGCUCCUCACCGUGUCCCGUGGCCUGGUCACACUGGGCACCCAGACCAAGAAUGAUGAUGGGACGGUGUUGGUGGGGAAGCACGGCGAGUUCUGGCUGGAGAUCGAGAAUGGAAGCUUCUUCACUGUGGCCAAAUAUCAGGGCUGUGACGACCAGCACUAUUUCUGUCUCCAGACCAACAAAGUCUUCCUGUGUCACCAAGGUGUGGUGGACAAUGUGUUUGUCCCCGGGGAUGUGAAGCUGCCCAGCGGGUCCCGGCCUCCAUGGCUGGAGACCACCAUCAGCCAGUCUGAGGAGGGGAUUGUCACCAAGCAGGCUGCCGCAGCGGGGGCUGGCACUGACGGUCCAAACAUGCUCUCCAUUGCCGUUAAAGUUCAUCACAACAAGAGCGAGAGCAACAUGAAGGAAAUCCUUGUGGCUCUGGGACUGCGCGGGGCCACUCUUCAGCAUCGCAACGUGCUGCCAGGUCACAGCUGGCAUGAGCAGAUCCUGGAUUUCCUGAACAUUACUGAUGAGCCAGUGUUGGGUUACGCUCCCCCAGCCAAUGCCAUCACCUUUCAUUUGCACUUGUGGAACUGUGCCUUGGACUACAGGCCAUUGUACCUGCCAAUCCGAGCUUUGCUCACUGUCGAAACCUUCACCAUCUCCAGUAACGCUGUCCUGGACAAGUACAGCUCCACACUCAGGAUAAUCAUCGACGAUACUGCCUUAUAUUUGUCUGAGAAAUGUAACCCAGGGGCCGUGAACUUAAAGAGAGAUUACGUGCGAGUCUUGGAUAUGGGAGUGUUGGAAUUCCGAAUCACAGCAUCAAAGCCGACUGCAGAGGGAGUGAGGGAUCAGCCUCGCUUCGAGCUGCGCUGCUCUAGUGAUGUCAUCCACAUCCGCACCUGCUCGGACUCGUGUGCCGGCCUGAUGAACCUGAUCCAGUACAUGGCCAGUUACGGGGACCUGCAGCCCCCUAGCAAGUGUGAGGAGACCCCAGGAUCAGCACCCAGCAACCGGGCGGGCUCGGGUGACAACGCCCCCUGCAGGACCUCCGGCCUUGCUGAGGCUGAGCAGAAGCGACUGCGGGACCUGAUGAUUGACGCGAUGGAGGAGAUGGAUGUGCUGCCCGCCUCCCCUCCCCCCGCCCCACAGCAGCCUAACGGGAUCCACAUCACUCUCAGUCAGGAGACAGACGUGCCCAGGUCAGACCUCUUCCUCUUCCCUGAUGAGAGCGGGGGGUCUUCGCAGGAGCAGAGCCCGACCUCCCCCGUCAGCUCCCCCGCUCCACACCCCCCCCGCCCGGCCUUCCCCAAAGAGCAGCCCGAGAGUGAGGACUUCUGUAUCCUUGAGGCACCCAAGAUGCCCGUCCUGAGAGAGACUGAGCCCAUGGUGAGGGCCCUGGUCUGUGGGGACAUUGUGAUUAAGGACGAACACUUCAUGUUACCCACGAGGAAGACGGACACCGGCAAAGCUCCCCUCCACCUGCCUGUGCCCGAGGUGCACUAUGUGGUGAAGGAGGUGUCUGUGGUCUGGCACUUGUACGGGGGCCGUGAUUUCACCACCCCCCCUGCUGCUCGCUCCCCCGCCAAGAGCCCCAGUCCUAAACCUGCUGCCAGCACCUCACACAGCUCCCCGGCCCCGACCCCGGCCCCGACCCCGGCUCCAGCCCGACACAGCCGCUCCGCCCGGCGCACACCAGGGGGGCCCGGCAGGAACCACCAGAUCCUCAUGGAGAUUCAGUUCAGCAAGGUGAAGUUUCAGCACGAGGUGUAUCCGGUUGUGGAUGUGAAGCGGCCUGGGGCUGGGGGAGGGACCGAGCGCCCCAUCUCUCGCCAGGUCUUUAUUGUCCAGGACCUGGAAAUCCGUGACCGCCUGGCAACAUCCCAGAUGAACAAAUUCCUGUACCUGUACUCCAGCAAAGAGCUGCCAAGGAAAGCUCACUCCAACAUGUUGACGAUUAAGGCUUUGCACGUGAGACCAGACUCGGCUCAGACCCCCCGCGAGUGUUGUUUACGAGUCACACUAAUGCCGCUGCGUCUCAAUAUUGACCAGGAUGCGCUGUUUUUCCUGAAGGAUUUUUUCACCAGUCUGGCUGCAGAGGUGGAACUGCUCUCUGCUCCCGACCCAGCCCAGGAAGUCAGAAAGCUGCCCAGAGCAGACGCUGGGGGCAGCCCGGGGAGAAACAUGGCGUGUCCCAUCAUUACUCUCCCUGGUCAGUGUGACUCAGCUCCUCACCCCGGCACUGACCGCCUGACCAUCACCAGCGACAGCAGCUACACUACCUUCCGGGACCAGCCCAUCUUCUUCCGGGAAUUCCGCUUCACCUCCGAAGUGCCGAUCCGCCUGGACUAUCAUGGCAAACACGUGGCCAUGGAACAGGGAACCUUUGCCGGUAUCUUGAUGGGCCUGGCUCAGCUCAACUGCUCCGAGCUCAAGUUAAAGAGACUCUGUUACCGACACGGGUUGCUGGGUGUAGACAAGUUGCUGUGCUAUGUGUUAAAUGAGUGGCUGACGGACAUCAGGAAAAACCAGCUGCCGGGGCUACUGGGAGGCGUGGGCCCCAUGCACUCCCUGGUGCAGCUCGUCCAAGGCCUGCGGGACCUGGUGUGGCUCCCAAUCGAGCAAUACCGCAAAGAUGGCAGCAUCGUGCGGGGGCUCCAGCGCGGAGCCGCCUCCUUCGGAACUUCCACAGCAAUGGCUGCUCUGGAGCUGACCAACCGCCUGGUACAGACCAUCCAGGCGGCUGCGGAGACGGCCUAUGACAUGGUGUCCCCAGGACCCGGUGGCGGGGGGGCCUUGACCAGGACCAAGCGUCUCUCCCAGCACCGCCUGGCACAUCAGCCCGUGGACCUGCGCGAGGGGGUGGCCAAGGCCUACGAUGUGGUGCGAGAGGGAUUCACUGACACGGCACACAUGAUAUAUGAGACGGCCACACGGGAGCAUGAGCAGAGAGGCAUGACUGGCGCGGUGGGAGGAGUCCUGCGGCAGAUCCCGCCCACCGUGGUCAAGCCCUUGAUCGUGGCCACAGAAGCCACCUCCAACGUGCUGGGUGGCAUGCGGAACCAGAUCCAGCCGGACGCCCGGCAGGAGGACACACAGAAGUGGAGGCUGGAGGACGAGUAAACCCACAGCUUCCCUUCUGCUCGCUCGCUCACUCACUCAUUCGGGCUUCCAACCUUUCUGGGGAGAGCUGAGAGCGAGGGUGAGGCUGAGGGCUUGGUGCCUGUACUGUGGCGGCAUUUUAACUAACGCUGCCUGUAUAUCUUGAGUCAGUGACUGAGGCAGAAACGCCAGUGACUGAGAUGGACACGAGUGCGGAUUGUAGGCGGAUCCCGUCGCCUCCCGGCUUUGUUGAUGGACAGAUUAUACGUCUGUCACUGACUCCGAGCCAAGCGUGGGAUUGUUUGCUGUCUGUCACUGAUUUUCCCGCUCCCCCUCACAGCCCCCUCAGCUGCUAGCACAUCCCCCAGUGUUUCUCCACGCUCUAAACCCCACCCGUUGUUCCUGCCCUGAACAGCAAACAGACACGUCCAGUCCAGGUCACCCACCACCAUGUGUGGACACAGCUUUAGCUCAUGGUGGCUCCUUGCUCAGAGCUUUGAUCACUGGCACCUAACGGCCCCUGAAAGCACUGCGUUAGGUCACCUUGUCCAUUUCUUUGCCUAUCUCCAUGUCCAGCCCUCCUCUGCUCUGUGCCCUGGCUCCACGCUGCCGGUGAUGCCAAACCCUGAAUCCUGUGACCCCGUCUGUACGUUCACAAACUUGUUUGAUGCCACAGAGUAAACGCACCAUAAGAAGUGUAACGGUCAUGUGUCGGGGUGGGUGACACUACAGUACCUGUUUUCCACCACUAGGCGGAGCUGAAUUUACUCCGCAGACCCACUCAGGUUAACAGUCACACUCAACCCCCAUCUCCCUCCAAUACAUCAAUUACUUUCCUCUUACACUGUAAGAGAGAAGUGCUGAGGGAGGGGAGCCUUUCGUUGUGCCGCAGUGAGUCAGCCCCUGAGAUCCCACCUGUUUUCCCUGUGUUCCUGUGAUUGUGGUGACCAGUGCCAAUGCUUCCCGGUGCCCCGCGCGGCCUGAGCGCGGCCUCCAGCAAUGUCCAGCUCGGUGCUUCUCAGUCUGACAAUCUUGUCUUUAUUGUAAAUACGUUAUAAUUUGAGCGCUCAGCCCCGCCGUCCCAGCUCUGUGUUCAGGCUCGGCUCGGACUCCCCGCAUUCCCACAAGGAGUGUUGAUGUUGAUGUUGCCGGCGUUCCAUACUCUGGAAUCUACUGUUGCAGUUCCCGGUUGUUUUGUUCCCAUUCCACGCUCUGUCUAUUCUGUACAGCAGAUAAAACGCCCACAUGGGGUUUGGAGCUGUGUGGUAACUGCACUGUACAUAUUUGCUGAGAUUGUCAUUGCUGUGGAGGUAUCACAGUGAGGUUUUAGAAGGAUUGUACCAUAAAUGUUGUAUUUCAAAAGGGAAAUAAUAAAUAGUCUGUGUGUGUGCACUGUAGUCCUGCUCUCACUACAGAGCUGCCUGCUGCAACCACCAGACAGGAUUAGUUAC